AUGCAGACUGCUUCUACAAACAUUUGUGAAAGACUGUGCAAUAAGUCCAUCCAUGAAAUGUCCUUGCUACUAAAUAUUCCACGGUCAACUGUUAGUGGUAUUAUAACAAAGUGGAAGACACUGCGAACAGCAGCAACUCGAAAAAUGACAGAGCAGGUUCAGCGCAUGGUGAAGUACAUAGUGCACAGAAGUCGCUGUCUGUAGAGUCAAUAGCUAAAGACCUCCAAACUUUGUGUGGCCUUCAGAUUAGCACAACAACGGUGUGUAGAGAGCUUCAUGGAAUGGGUUUCCAAGGCCGAGCAGCUGCAUCCAAG